ACACCACCAGUUGGAUUGAGGUUCUUGCCCGAAAGUCACUUGGCACGCGAACUUGUCCCUCCCCCUAUGCAGAUGUUUGAGUUCACUUCUCUCGCUACUGGCAAGGCGCGGCACGCCAGACUCCUCGAACUGUUGAUGCCACAGCCAGCAUUGGGAUGACGUGCCAAAACUCGGCCACAAACCUUGGUGUACAAAGCGCCACGGUUGACGAUGACAUCGACUCAAGACGCCACCUCAGGCGAAUCCGGCUGGAGCGCCCUGGAUAUCACCUCUGCUGCUCGGGGACGGAAGCGUGGCUCAAGGGCUUGUCUGCGCUGCCGCAUUCGCAAGGUACGCUGCGACGUCACGCAGCAUGGAAUGCCAUGUACAAAUUGCAGAAUCGACGCACAGCCCUGCGUGAUCCAAAAGAGAUCGAGAAAGCAUCCGUUGCUCACCGACUCGUCCGUGCACACAUUGCCACUUAAUGGUCAGCCUCUGCCCCAAAAUGACUUUGCCCUGCAGAGCGCGGACACUCGGCAAAGCGCGUCAUAUGCAGAGCACGAGCUGAGUCACCCUCGCGGAACCUCAGCUACCGAUCUCGGUCAUCUAUCGCAGUACGAUGGCGAAGGAGGGGAGAGAUGGCAGCUACAGCAACAAAAUCAGUUGGCCGAAACGAGUCCAAGUACCAUGAACCUGGCAGUCUCAACAACGGUUGGCCUCUCAGCAGCUAGUGAUGCACACGUGGACACUUCGCGACUUGCGGAGUUGGGAGCUGGACAAACGACUUCUUCUGCGUCGACCACUUCUCCACGAUGUUCUGGCGGCGGAAUGCAAGCAGUGGCAGACAUGGGAAGACCAACUCAGCCCAGAUCGAGAGACCACGUGAUGUCUGUAUGCUACCCCUUCUUGGAAACCGACUUCAUCUCGAGCAUACCACCUGAGGAUUUUCAGUAUCUCGACCAUAUUGGCUGCCUCCGGAUGCCGCAACGGAUCCAUCUUGAUGAGCUUGUUCGAGCAUACUUUCUUUAUGUGCAUCCACAUUUACCACUGAUCGAUGAAGGAAAGUUCUGGGAAUCAUAUCUCAGCUCUCAACCGGGUGCCCGCAGCGCAUCCCGCAUGUCAUUAUUCGUCUUUCAAGCAAUGCUCUUGGUGGCAUGCAGUUUCGUAUCAUCAUCCACGAUUCAAGGCCUAGGAUUCAGUAGUGUGCGCAUGGCACGUACUUCCUACUACCGCCAGGCCAAGGCUUUGUAUGACUUCAACAUCGAGGGGGGCAACCUGGCCAAGGCUCAAGGAGCUUUGCUUAUGACAUACCACGUACCGCUCAACGAGCCGCAGGUCAACAGCUAUUGGCUUGGAAUAGCGAUCCACCUUGCCAGAGCCGAGGGCGCGGACCGGUGGUGCUGCAUUAUCCGGGACAGGACUAUGGCGUUGGGACUUCGCAGAUCCAUCUUAAUCAUUUCAGCAUCCUUCGAGAAGAUAUGGCCUCUGCUGACGGAAGAGGACUUGAACCACGAGACUAGCCGCUCAUGGAUAUGCAACGCUUCGGUGAAGGCGAAACUAUCGCGAUCCCUGUCAUCGCUAUGCAAGCUUUGCGUUGUACUCACCAGUAUUCUCCAACUCUUGUAUCCUGCUGAUGGGGUACAUGCUGCUGGACAUCGUGUUGACCUCCUGAAGCGCAUUUACACGUAUACGGACGAGUUAAACGACUGGCAUGAUACAAUGUCAAGCAAAGUGAUGGCAAAUGACCAAGAUGACAAACCCCUCAACAUUCCAGUCUUAUUCACCAAUCUGCUCACCAUUUAUUUUCAUUCCACACAAGCUGCGCUGUGUAACUAUCGAGUCAUGCUCACCAUAAAUGAUCCCACGGAUUAUAGCUUCGAACGGCUUCAAACCAAGAACGAACUUCAGGCUGCCCUGCGUGGUAUUGCACUAUGUUUGCGUGCCAUUAUCGAUGCCGACAUGACGAUUUACUCUCCCAUCAGCAUGGUGGCGUUUCUCGCAUUACCAUCUAUCUGCCACAACAUGGAUUUGAGCAGCCGUCCCCCCACACAACUGGUCAGUCAUAGCGCAAGUACCAACAUAUACCAAGACUUCUUGAGAGUGCUGCAAUUGAGAUAUGAAGGCACAGAUAGGGCUCUUGACAACAUGUCAAAGCUGACAACUGAUAUGAAUCUGGAAAACGCUACUUCUCCUUCGAUAGCAAGAUCAAUAACUGAACAACGCCCCACAGGGCGCGAAGACUUGACCAGACUCUGCAAGACGCCUCCUGCAAGGGCCAGGAGUGGAAUUAACAUGGUCAUCUCUGACCCGCGAAAGUACGUUCAGAUGAGCCAGACGCUGGAUUUCUUUCUGUCCCGUGGUCGUUUCCCCACGAAAGAAGAUUCUCCACUGAAUCUUCCUUCUUCACCGGUCGAAGUUGACAGACUGACUGGCUCGGGUCCAAUGCGCGACUCCACCGCUGAUCGAACGACCGAUAGCACGAUGGGAAGUCACCAGUCCCAGGAUGGAGCUUCAAAUUUUCCCAUUCAAGCACCCGUCGGUGAGUCUCUCUGGACGGCCUCACCCUCGGCACCCAUAGACUCUACAGCUACAGCUGCAAUUCCAACAGGCAAUCCGGAGCUUCCCAUGACACUCACGGAUGACCCUUCUGCCGAGACUGGUAUCAAUUCGGACGACUUUUCUUUUGAGGAUUUCAUGACAGAUGGACCAUUCUCAGGUAUCGAAAGACUACAGGAUAUGCUCCAAGCGUACCCUUCCUGGCCCUGAUCGGAUCCGAUUCUUAGUGCCGCCCACGGCAAUAGAAGACGAACCCUGCGCCCUAUCAACUUCACUUUCACUGGUCAAUAAGUAGAAAGCCCGCUCUCCAGGCCCACACAGCCAGGGAUGCAAUGGAGCAUGGAAGGCUUGCAGCAAAUAAGCAAUCAUCCGAACUGGGGUGCCGAAAACAACCGAAACGUGCCGACCACGCAGAACCUUCAUGACCACACCUGACAUGAUCUACACUUCAGUACUCGCA